CUCAGAGUUUGAACAUUUGUGGGAAGAAAUAUCAAAAGCAUUGGUUGGUCUGGGUAUUCAACAAGCUGAAAUCGAUGAAUUAAAGUAUGCUCCACUCAGUCCCCAUGAGGCCUAUUACAGAGAAAUGUUGAAAGACUUGCAAACAAAACCUGAACUGGAUCUGCCAGAUUGGCAGUUACAAGAGUUGGAAUAUGUUGGUCAUUCAGUUCAGCAUAGAAGUCUGUUGUCAAAAUUGUGUUAUCCCGGAGCAGACAUUAAACAUGUGGGCAAUGUACGUGUAAUUUUCUCGGAGAUGUUUAGUCUCGGCGAAGGAAGUAAUGAAACCCGUGUUUAUCUUGGACUGACAAAGGAUGGUUACGGUAAAGCAGUGAAACAAAUGCGUAGAGAUAACUACCUCCAGCCUGCACAGCAUGAAAAGAAAAUUUUAAAUGAAUUCAAUGCAAAAAUGUCGAAAUAUGUUGUGAAUUAUUACUUCUUUGAGGGAGAUACUGGAACAGAAUAUGUUUAUUUGAUCUUAGACUUAUGUGAGGAAUCACUGGAGAAGUUUGUGAAAUCUUCUGCUUUAAGUGAUCUUCAAAAAGCUCUUCCCGAUAUUCUUAGACAAAUUUUGAAUGGAUUAGCUGAUCUUCAUAGUGGCCCAGAUCCUAUUCUUCAUCGGGAUUUGAAGCCUUCCAAUGUUCUCCGUGACGUAGACGGCAAAUUUCUGAUAGCUGACUUUGGCAUUAGUCGAAUGUUGAAGAAUGGAUCUAAAACAUACAAAAGCAAGUUUAAUAGGGGAACUGAAUAUUGGAUUCCUCCUGAAUCAUAAUGUGAAGACGAAGAUUCAAAUGAAGCACGUAAUGAAGAAGUAAAUGAAGGACGUUACAAAAAAGAGUCUGAUGUAUAUAAUGCUGGACUGGUGGCUUAUUAUGUUGCAACAAAAGG